AUGGACGUGAGGAGAGUAAACUCAGUGCCCUGGUGUCCAGGCUCUCCCUUCUUGCAAGGAGGACCCUGGCUUUCCGUCUCUCCUGGUGAAUGUUACUGGCGUCCUGUUUCGUCCAGACCACCAAGGGGUGUCAUGCACCCAUUAUUUUAGAGGGGGCAUGAAGUACGUGAGGGUGGGGGGGGGUGGGUGGUCCUGCAUUUUUCAAACACCUGAAACAGCUAGAGCCAUAGUCAUUAUGCCUAAUUAUAUGUAAAACAUUUACCUCUUUUAAUUAAUGAUGCACAUCGAUUUUUUAAAGAACUUUUAUGCCGUAGGAGUUUAUUGCAACUGCCACACUGGUAUAUAGUAUCAUAACCCAAUAAUUUUUGUCAAAUGCUAGUGAGGUUGGGAGAUUAGGAACCUAUUUAGCUGGCUUGCUAGGUGGCUGGUACUACAGAGAAACAACAAAACAUUUUUGUUUUAUUUAUUCAUCAAGAAGGAAUCAAUAGGCUACGUAGCUUGAUCAAAUUAAUUUACAAACAUUACCGGCAGCUAAAAUCAAAUGAAACGCUGUGUGUGUCAUUCUGUCUCUCCUCCUCUGCUGCAUGACACUAGAUCACAGUUUUCAAACUCAUUCCAUGGAGGGCCGAGUGGCUGUGGGUUUUUGCUCCUCCCUUGUACUUGAUUGAUGAAUUAAGGUAACUAAUUAGUAAGGAACUCCUCGCACCUGGUUGUUUAUGUCUUAAUUGAAAGGAAAAAACUAAAACCUUUCUGUAUAAGCCCAGGCAUUUGUAUGUGUGUGUGCAUGUGUGUGUGCAUGUGUAUGUGUGUGUGCGUGUGUGUGUGUGUGUGUGCGUGUGUGUGUGUGUGUGUGUGUGUGUGUGUGUGUGUGCGUGUAUGUGUGUGUUCGUGUGUGUGUGUGUGUGCGUGUGUGUGUGUGUGUGUGUGUGUGUGCGUGUGUGUGUGUGUGUGUGCGUGUGUGUGUGUGUGUGUGUGUGUUUGGGGAACCAGGUUUCCAUCCAACCUUUUUAUGUAAAGUACAAGUUGGAUAAAAAAAUGUCAGGCCUGAUGGUAACAGCAAAUUUGACGGUAAACUUUCCAAAUGUCGACAAAGCAAAAUAUUCUAGACAAGGUGGGAUCUUUUUGUGUCAGUGAAAUUAAUUAUGCUAGAGAAAAGUCAGUGGAAAUGCCUUUAUGCUCAAAUAUUGAUAUAAUAACCAUCAUAUCAAAGUAAACUUGGAGUCACACAAUGAUAUGUUGUGUGGGGCUCCCACUACUGUAUUUGUAUUGUAUUUAUUAAGGAUCCCCAUUAGCUGCUGCCAAGGCAGCAGCUACUCUUCCUGGGGUCCUGCAACUACGACUCGGGAAAGCAUGCAGUUUACUUCGCUACAGAUGAAAUAAGUUAUGAUGAACUUCACAGGGUGGUGAAAGUGCACAAUGAUGAGCUUGAUGUGCCUUUCAAUAAAUAUUGAGAGUCUUAUUCUGGUGACAUGAUGAUCGAUGCUUGGCUGCCAUUUGACAAAUAAAAAUAAUAAUCUGCAUAAUAUGUAGGUAGCCUGCCCUCACUGUAUCUGCCUGCUGUUGGCUAGAGCGCACAUGCCAAGACCAGAGUGGGCACAUUCGCUAUAUAACACAAAAAUGUUUUGGUGACAAAACCAUCAGUAGAGUUGAAAAUGCGAUGGAAACCCAUUUCACUUGUACAUGGGAAUUGAACCAUAAAAGUUAUUUUUAUGUGCAGUACGUCAUCACACACAGCCUUUUAUCCACAACAAGUCAAUUUUAUGGAAACACAUCUCUGGUGGGUAAUGCGCAUAUUGUUUUUAUGCAGAUUUUAGAAUAUUAGCAUGAAAAUCUCUUGCCAAUUGGAUGGACACCUAGCUAGUGUGUGUCUUUUUGUGUACGCCUGUGGCUCCAUUCUCAUCUCUCUAUUCAUGCCUGGCCAACUGCAGUCGCUCCCGUCCCUUAUCUCCCGGUGACCAAGGAAAUUAAAUUACAAAUAUAAUCACUCGAUGCCAGUUUCUUUAACUGCAUGCCUCUGCUUUGCAUAUAGAGUGUGCUUGCUUUGGGGACGCGUGGUGUGAAGUUACUCAUAGGACUGUUUGAAAUAAUGGGCCUGGCCCUAUACCUGCCGAAGUAGAGUCACACACUUUCUUUACACUGUUGUUCACAUUGACAAAGCUAUCUGAAGGAGAAGGUUGGGGAAAGAGCAAUGUGGUGGUGAGAGAGACAGGUACAGAAAUCUGGUGGCAGAAACAUUUCUGCAUUUACUGUUUUGUGUAGGCAAGUAAUUUAGAAUAGUGUAAAGAGCUGUGGUGGGAGAAGGUAAGUAUAUCGAAACAGACAUUUCCUUGUAUAAAAAAAAAGAUUAGUAGAAAAAGGUGAUGAGAAUGAUAGCCUAAAGAGAAACUUUCCAUUGUUCUGUAUUAAAGGUAUUCUACCUGAUGAGAGAGAAGAGAGAGAGAGAGAGAGAUAGCGCGAGCAGGAGAGAGAGAGAAGAGGAGAGAGCCGAGAGGGAGAGAGAGAGAGAGAGAGCGAGAGAGAGAGAUAGGAGGAGCGCGAGCGGCGCAGGAUAGAUAAGAUAGAGAGCCGCGGAAAUGAGAAGUACAUAUCGAUCUCUCUACGCAUUACGUGCUGCUCAAGUAGCUAGCGAGAAAUCAUCUCGUCGAUCCUAUCUCCAUCCUCAGACUCUCGUCCAUUGUCUGACUCUGCAUCUCUCUCUCUCCUAGCUUCUAUGCUCGAUCCUAAUACCUCAUCUCUCUCUUCUCUUCAAUCUUAUCUCUUCUCUCUCUCUCUCUCGUAUCUGUCAGUCUACUUUCCUCAUUUCUCUUCAUAGAUUAAAUCUCUAUCUUCUAUGACUUGAAUUAACGAGAUCUCCCGUCUGGUAAUCUGUUACAUCGUCAAUUCUCUCUCAAUCUACUCUUCCCCUCUCUCUUCUCUCUCUCCCUCAUGCUCUUGCAGGACCUCUCAUACAGGUUUGUGUUAUUUAAAAUGGGUGUCUAGCAAUGAGGCGCUUCUUAUCCAUGCAAGACGUAAAUCGCUCUAGGUCUGGCUUCGAUAGUUAGAAACAUGUUUUGUUGAUAGUUGGGGGAAAAGAUACAAAAUUGAUAUGGAAAGCAACGGUAUCAAUAUCUCCAAAUCUACCCCAUCACAAAACACUUUCUUAAGCAGGUGUGUCCACACACCUAUGCCUCCUUUAGAGGAGAACCCUCAUGACCAACAGGUUGGUGUGUGUGUGUGUGUGUGAGAGAGAGAGAGAGACAAGGCAAGAAGGGCCUACUAUGCCAUCAAAAGGAACAUAAAAGUCGACAUACCAAUAAGGAUCUGGCUAAAAAUACUUGAAUCAGUUAUAGAACCCCAUUGCCAUUUAUGGUUGUAAGGUCUGGGGUCCGCUCACCAACCAAGAAUUCACAAAAUGGGAUAAACACCAAAUUGAGACUCUGUAUGCAGAAUUCUGCAAAAAUAUCCUCAGUGUACAACAUAAAACACCAAAUAAUGCAUGCAGAGCAGAAUUAGGCCGAUACCCGCUAAUUAUCAAAAUCCAGAAAAGAGCAGUUAAAUUCUACAACCACCUAAAAGGAAGCGAUUCCCAAACCUUCCAUAACAAAGCCAUCACCUACAGAGAAAUGAACCUGAAAAAGAGCCUCCUAAGCAAGCUAGUCCUGGGGCUCUGUUCACAAACAUGAACAGAUCCCACAGAGACUCAGGACAGCAACAUAAUUAGACCCAACCAAAUUAUGAAAAAACUAAAAGAUAAUUACUUGACACAUUAGAAAGAAUUAACAAAAAAACAGAGCAAACUAGAAUGCUAUUUGGCCCUAAACAGAGAGUACACAGUGGCAGAAUACCUGACCAGAGAGUACACAGUGGCAGAAUACCUGACUGUGACUGACCCAAAAUUAAGGAAAGCUUUGACCAUGUACAGACUCAGUGAGCAUAGCCUUGCGAUUGAGAAAGGCCACUGAAGGCAGACCUGGCUCUCAAGAGAAGACAGGCUAUGUGCACACUGCCCACAAAAUGAGGUGGAAACUGAGCUGCACUUCCUAACUUCCUGUCAAUUGUAUGACCAUAUUAGAGACACAUAUUUCCCUCAGAUUACACAGACCCACAAAGAAUUAGAAAACAAAUCCAAUUUUGAUAAACUCCCAUAUCUAUUGGGUGAAAUACCACAGUGUGCAAUCACAGCAGCAAUAUUUGUGACCUGUUGCCACAAGAAAAGGGCAACCAGUGAAGAACAAACACCAUUGUAAAUACAACCUAGAUUUAUGUUGAUUAAUUUUCCCUUUUGUACUUUAACUAUUUGCACAUCAUUACAACACUGCAUAUAGACAUAAUAUGACCCUUGAAAUGUCUUUAUUCUUUUGUAACUUUUGUGAGUGUAAUGUUUACUGUACAUUUUUUAUUGUUUAUUUCACUUGCUUUGGCAAUGUAAACAUAUGUUUCCCAUGCCAAUAAAGCCCUUAUAUUGAAAUUGAAUAGAGAGAUAGAGAGGGCCAGGCUGGUAAAAUAAUGUCUCCCCGCUGUAUUCUGUGAUUCAUGGUGUGUUUGCUUGCCAUUUCUCUCAAACUGGACCAGCCAACCUCCAGAAGACAACAGUCUCUACCCCUCAGUGCUCUCCCCCUUCCUCUCCUCCUGCUCCUCCUCUCCACGUCUCACCCCUUUUUCUCCUCUGGUUCUGCCUGUUAUUUCUCUCGCCAACUUGACCAGCCAGCCUCCAGAUGACGUCAGUGUCUCCCUCUCCUCUCAGUCUCUCCCUCCCCCUCACAUCAUUAGGCUGUGAAUUGGUUUAAAGAUCAGCCACUCUAAAUCAGUCCUGAAUCAGCGUGUGUCACGAUGCCAUUGUCCCCGUCUGAGCUAUGACACCAUCGUCAUUGAAAAGGGCACGGUCGUCCUGGCAUUUCCCAUAAUGGAUGUUUUAGUUAAAGGACAGGAAAAUAAUAACCAGAUCUUUGUCUGGGAGCAGCGCCGUUUGUCUUCUUCCAGGAGAGUGGAGACCAUACCAGGGGACUGUCAGGGAUUGCGGGCCCUGGGGGGCCUGGUGGCCCUGGGGGCUGGAGCUGACAGACAACGCUGCUCUUUUCACCCUCAAACAAGCAGGAUGACUGUUUUUUCUCUGUCUCUCUUCACACCUUUCUCCUGUGGUCAGCGACAUGCCCAUUACACUGAUGGAGAGAAAGAUGAGAUGAAAGACAGAAAGAAAGAAAGAGAAAAUAUCCCCAGGUUUGGGAGGAAUCGGUGCUUUCUCUGUUGGGGAAGGAUGGCUACAAGUUUUCAAACACAACUGACCAACCUCUGUAGAGUUCCAUGAUACUAUUGCUAAUAACCAGAUAAGCGUUGAAGAGCUCCACCACAUCUGUCCAGGUGUAGCAGUAGCAUACAGUAUUGGCGUCUUGAAAGAGACUGAGCACACUCCUGUAAUUGUUUGAGGAGGUUCUUCCAGGAGACACUAGCCUGCUGGUGAUGGGCUGGCUGUGUACAUUUGCAUGGAUUUCUAAAAAAGAACUAAGAGGCGAUUAAACACGAAACAAAUCCUCUGAGCGAGUGUUUACGUGGCUGGGGGUCCCCCGGCGCACUGGUGCCCCUCUCCUCACUCAGGGAAAUCUACAUUUAAUUAACACAGAAUUAAAGAGCAUUGUUUUUUUUAUUAAAGACACCAGGCUGUAUUCCCCACACUACUCCGGUGUCCCUGAAUCCGGCUUUAAUUUGAUUUGGGUUUAUGGAGAGUGGAUCAGAACCAUCUGGAGUGUCUGCCUCUUGAUCAGACCUAUGUUUUACUUCCUGGUGUGGGGUACUGUCUGUAAACAUACUACCAGGCUUCCAGUAGUGAAAAUAGAUUUAACUUCUUCUCGUAUGGGACCUCCUAUGUGUGCACGCACAUGCUUCAAAAAAUUGUACGGGCCUAGUCAUAGAAUUACUUAUCGAAUCCCUAUUAAUUUAAAGGAUCUUUGUUGUAGUAAAGAUUUGUUGUUUAACUUUUUAAAUGUAUUACCUAUUAAUGUGGCAUAAACACAACUAGUUAUGAUUUUUUUCAUCUUAUUGUCAAACAAUCACUUCACAACGCUCCUGUAAGCCUGGCUACCUGCGCACUUUCGUCCACUAAAAAAGUAUUUCCGCAUCCAUAGAGUGCACUGUGCACCCACUAUUUGAUGAAUGGAAAGAGACAUCUGUUACAAAACACCCAAAAUGUUAUGAAUGACAUUCGGUGAUUGUCAAAUAGGCCUACAAUAGUAACCUGAAUUGAUGCGUCCACUGCUGUCCGCGUGCGUCUCGCUCUCGGCCACUCAUCUCUGCCUUGGAAAAUGUUGUAGUGUAUUUCCACACGUUUUCAAGUCCAUUUGCUAAUUUUUCAUGCGACUGACAUGCGCUAAUGAUAAAUAAUAGUUUAAGCCUACAGUUUUCUUGGCAUCUUUGUUUUAAUUAUUGUGAUAGGCUCAUGUUUUACCGGAACGGCGUAACGCUGUACCCCCACUAUUUAUUUAGCCUGUACUCCCUACCUAACUACCGGACCGUACCGGCUUACUUUCACCCCUGCAGGCUUCUCUUCAAUAAAAUAAAAUCAAAUGUUAUUUGUCACAUGCGCCGAAUACAACAGUGAAAUGCUUACUUACAAGCCCUUAACCAACAAUGCAGUUUUAACAUUACAUUUUAGUCAUUUAGCAGACACUCUUAUCCAGAGCAACUUACAGUUAGUGAAUACAUAUUUUUUUAUACUGGCCCCCCGUGGGAAUCGAACCCACAACCCUGGCGUUGCAAACGCCAUGCUCUAUCAACUGAGCUAUAUACCUGCCGGCCAUUCCCUCCCCUACCCUGGACGACGCUGGGCCAAUUGUGCGCCGCCCAUGAGUCUCCCGGUCGCGGCCGGCGGCGACAGAGCCUGGAUUCGAACCAGGAUCUCUAGUGGCACAGUUAGCACUACAAUGCAGUGCCUUAGACCACUGCGCCACUCAGGAGUUCUUUAAGAAAGAAUACAUUGGUAUGGGAUUAGUAUGGGGAUUCCUUUGUAAUAAAUACGUUAUUUUAACAAAUAUGUUUCCUAUAUCAUCUAGUCUCUACAGAACAGAACAAUGUAAAAUAACAAGAUCUGCACAUAAUCAACAUAAAGAUCUUUGAGCACCAGGUAGAGGGCAAUAUUAAUCAAAUGUAUUAUAAUAUUGACAAUGCUUGCACUUGAGAGAAGAACAUUUGAGGACAAAUGGUGAGAGCAGUGAUGCUGAGUGUGUGUACUUCAGCUCUGUGUUGAAACCAUACCACUCUCCACAGGAUGACUCCAACACAGUCCCAUCACACAGGGUCACGUCGCAGGACCAGCCCCAACAAGGCCUCUAGAUGACAUCACUCACCUCCCCUGUCCCCUCUCUGUCAGCCUGUGAUUAUGGAGGCUCUACCUGAGAGGGAGGGAGGGAUGGAGGGAGGGAGGGAGGGAGCAAGUAAUGAAUCUCCAUCAUUCCAUUAAUUCACUAUUAGCAAGGUCAGGGUGAAGAGAGAGGGAGACAGCGGAGAAAGAUAAGGAGAGAGAAAGAUAGAGAGAGAGAGGGAGAAAUAGAGGGAAAGAGAGAGGAAGAGACGGAUGAGGGCAGUAUGAGUGGUUGGGACAGGGAUCUAUUCUGGCAGGUAGUGUUGAUAAAUGGCUGAGCAUCAGGGUCCUAAUGAACCAAAUCAUCUGGGGGAGGAGACAGACAGAGAGAGGGAGGUGACACACUUUUGCAAUGGUGUGGGUGUGAUGGUAAACUUGAUAACCUCAGGUCAGGGUAUAUACAGUGCGUUCGGAAAGUAUUCAGACCCCUUGACUUUUUCCACAUUUUGUUACAUUACAGCCUUAUUCGAAAAUUGAUUAAAUAAAUAAAUAAAAACAUCAAUCUAGACACAAUACCCCAUAAUGACGAAGCAAAAACUGGUUUUUGGAAAUGUUUGCAAAUGUAUUAAAAACAUAAAUACCUAAUUUACAUAAGUAUUCAGACCCUUUGCUAUGAGUCUCGAAAUUGCACUCAGGUGCAUCCUGUUUCCAUUGAUCAUCCUUGAGAUGUUUCUACAACUUGAUUGGAGUCCACCUGUGGUAAAUUCAAUUGACAUGAUUUGGAAAGACACACACCUGUCUAUAUAAGGUCCCACAGUUGACAAUGCAUGUUAGAGCAAAAACCAAGCCACGAGGUCAAAGGAAUUGUCCGUAGAAUGCCGAGACAGGAUCGUGUCAAGGCACAGAUCUGGGGAAGGGUAAUAAAAACUUUCUGCAGCAUUGAAGGUCCCCAAGAUUACAGUGGCCUCCAUCAGUCUUAAAUGGAAGAAGUUUGGAACCACCAAGGCUCUUCCUAGAGCUAGCCGCCCGGCCAAACUGAGCAAUCGGGGGAGAAGUGCCUUGGUCAGGGAAGUGACCAAGAACCUGAUGGUCACUCUGACAUAGCUCCAGAGUUCCUCUGUGGAGAUGGGAGAACCUUCCAGAAGGACAACCAUCUCUGCAGCACUCCACCAAUCAGACCUUUAUGGUAGAGUGGCCAGACAGCAGCCACUCCUUAGUAAAAGGCACAAGACAGCCCGCUUGGAGUUUGCCAAAAGACACCUAAAGGACUCUCAGACCAUGAGAAAUAAGAUUCUCUGGUCUGAUGAAACCAAGAUUGAACUCUUUGGCCUGAAUGCCAAGUGUCACGUCUGGAGGAAACCUGGCACCAUCCCUACGGUGAAGCAUGGUGGUGGAAGCUUCAUGCUGUGGGGAUAUUUUUCAGCGGCAGGGAUUGGGAGACUAGUCAGGAUCGAGGGAAAGAUGAACGGAGCAAAGUACAGUGAGAUCCUUGAUGAAAACCUGCUCCAGAGUGCUCAGGACCUCCGACUGGGGCAAAGGUUCACCUUCCAACAGGACAACAACCCUAAGCACACAGCCAAGACUACGCAGGAGUGGCUGCGGGACAAGUCUCUGAAUGUCCUUGAGUGGCCCAGCCAGAAUCCGGACUUGAACCCGAUCGAACAUCUCUGGAGAGAUCUGAAAAUAACUGUGUAGCGACGCUCCCCAUCCAACCUGACAGAGCUUGAGAGUAUCUGCAGAGAAGAAUGGGAGAAACUCCCCAAAUACAGUUGUGCCAAGCUUGUAGCGUCAUACCUAAGAGGACUCGAAGCUGUAAUAUCUGCCAAAGGUGCUUCAACAAAGUACUGAGUAAAGGGUCUGAAUACUUAUGUAAAUGUGAUAUUUCCGUUUAAAUAAAAAACAUUUCUAAAAACCUGUUUUUGCUUUGUCAUUAUGGGGUAUUGUGUGUAGAUUGAUGAGCGGGAAAAAAAAAACAAUUUAAUCCAUUUUAGAAUAAGUCUGUAACGUAAAAAUAUGUUGAAAAAGUCAAGGGGUCUGAAUACUUUCUGAAUGCUCUGUAGAUAGAGAGUGGUACAAACAGAGUGUGCAAGCUAAGGUAAUUAUAGAGUAAGAGAGAAAAAAUAAACUAAUGGCAGAAGCACUGAGCAUUCUCUAAUCAUGCAGUUCAAUGUUCCUGAAGCUACAAUAUAGGCUACUUGGAAAAAUAUAAAACACAAUGUAUUCAGCCUACAUCGUUGUCACCAUAUUAGCUAAUGUCAAGUCAACAUAGCUACUAGAACUAACGCAUUAGUGAACCUGCUACAAUCAUGCAGUACAGUUAGCAAGCAGUUUAGCAGUUACACCUGCGGGCCCCGGUGGCAAUAAAUGAAUAAAAUCAAAAGCUUACCUUGACUUGGAAGAGUUCCAGUGUUGGAUAGCCAUAGCCAUAGCCAGCUAGAUAACAUAGCAUCCCUUUCUGUUUGGGUCGGGUGUUUCAGUAGGCUAAACUAGCUAGCUGCAUCUGCUAGCUAAGUAAGUGAAAGUGAAAAAAAUAAGAAUAUAGCUAGCUCUCUCUUUUUUGGUUUACCUUCAGUUUUUAGAAUAAAUUAAUUUGUUCAAAACUGUUCAACUAUUGUCUUUCUCUCUCUUUGAGUCAACUACUCACCACAUUUUAUGCACUGCAGGGCUAGCUAGCUGUAGCUUAAUGCUUUCAGUACUAGAUUUAUUCUCUGAUCCUUUGAUUGGGUGGACAACAUGUCAGUUCAUGCUGCAAGAGCUCUGAUAGGUUGGAGGACGUCCUCCGAAAGUUGUCAUAAUUACUGUGUAAGUCUAUGGAAUGGGGUGAAAACCACGAGCCUCCUAGGUUUUGUAUUGAAGUCAAUAUACCCAGAGGAGGAUGGAAACUAGCUGUCCUCUGGCAACACCAUGGUGCUACCCUACAGAGUGCUGUUGAGGCUACUGUAGAACUUCAUUGCAAAACAGUGUGUUUUAAUCAAUUAUUCUGUGACAUGAAUAUAUUUAUUAGUUUUAUCUAAAAAGGAUAACUUUUCACAAUUUCUAUUUUUAUGAAAUUCACUGAGGAUGGCUCUCCUCUUCCUCCUCUGAGGAGCCUCCACUGGAAUGUACAGUCUGUAUUUAAAAUUCAAAAAGCACUUGUACAUUUGAAUUAUCUUAUUGCAGGUGCGUGGGAAUAAUGGGAUUACUUCAAAGAAAAGAGAAACCCACACAUUGCUCUUUCUCAUAUCACUUUUUUUAUUCAAGCUUAUGUGUCGGCCUCUUGGUCUUCAUCAGAGCUUGUCUUUUUUUGAUCAUGCAGUGUGUCAUAGUAAGAUGGACCACUUAACCUCCAACAUGUGAGAAGACGUCCACAGAGACCUUCAGCACCGUGGACAGCGACCCAUGUCACGGCUCUCCUUACAGGGUCGACACAGGAAGUAAUCCAUCACCCUCCUCCUUUUCCAGUCCUUCUACUUGUCCCCAAAUCCACAUUCAUAACAGUCAGCUCCAUGCCAGGUGUCUGUCUCUGCCAGGUUGUAUUACCAUACAUACAUCAACCAGCCGUUGAGUUGAUCAAUAACAAGUCAAUCAACAGAGGCAGAGAGAUGGGCGUCUCAGGGGGUCCCCAACUGCUUGUUAUUAGACAGACAGACAUCUGCAGCUUUUUCUUUUUGUCUUUCUGUCUAUCUGUCUGUCUGUCAGUCAGUCAGUCUGUCUGUUUGUCUCUUUGUCCAUCUGUGCUUACCUAUAACUAUGCUGUACAUAGGGUUGGGUUCAAUGGUUAAAUUGAGCCAGAGCUACCCAGAGCCAAGCUCCAGCACCGUAUGGGUCCAAAGAGGAGUAGGAUAGAAAGUUGGAUAAUAGUACCCUAACCCUAGAAUGGUAAUACAUUAUACUUACAUGAGUAACACUAACCCUAACCCUUACCCUAACACUAACCCUAAACCUAGCUUAAUGUCCACACCCCGGUUCAACCCUAACCCUAACCAGAGCUUCAUGUCCACACCCUUGUUCAACUUUAACACUUAUCCCUCCAAAUACAGCUCCCCCACUUCCAAAUUCCCAAUUUGAAUGCUGGGUUAGGUCUUCAUAAUCCAUCAUCGGUUCCUAUACAGAUAUCUACAUGUCCACAGAUAUGGUGUACUGCAGAUCUUUAAACUUUUGCCUCCAAUUUAUUUAUUUUUCAGAUUUGUCUAUCCUUGCCUUUUUGUGUGGCCCAUUGUAUCCCAGUCAACUAUAAUUACAUAACCUAACAUCCUUCUCAACACUCAAACACAACCACUAUACAGAACUGUCUAAAUUACACAACAAACGCCACAGUCUGUGUUCCCCCUUCCGGGUCUGUGGAACAGUGGAAGGCAGAGAUGAGUAGGAUAGAACAGAUACCAAACGACUCCACUGCUUCUGCUGGGGCCGUUCACUGUGUGUCUAAUGACUUGGCAGGCAGAUACAGCACAGCGGCGAAGCAAGAGGCUCCCCAGGCGAAGAGAUACCACAUUCAUCCUCUGGAUGAAUUUUAACAAGACUGAUCUUGGGCAAAUACUGUUUGUCUGUCUGUGUGUUUGUCUCCACAGAGAUAACAUAUUAAAUAGUGCUCUCUAAUUAGUGCUCCAUCUUAAUGGAGACAUGGAGGGAGGCGGGUUUGGAUACAAAAUGAAAGGUAUUACUUGAUUGCCCCCAAAGCAAAACAGAAUCAAAUGAAAGAUCAAGUUCACACUCCAGUGAUUGUGUCAUUUACAGUAAAACAGUCUGUCUUCUUGGUAAGACUGGAGCCAGCAUUAAUCUGAUGAAUUAACAAAGGUUCACUGUCCAACGGCACACUCAAUAUUAUGUUUGCAUUCUUCCCUCUGAUCUUAUUUAAUUGAAUUACUGAUACAGUUGGACUGUAUCACUGACUUGAGGAAGCAUCCAUUAUUCUUAGACUAUACAAGACUGUACAACAAUGUAACUGCUCCUCUGUGUGAAAGUAGGGCUCUACUGGCUAUAUACUGUGUUCUCCAUAAAAACCCUGCACUGGUAACCUUUCACCGCUCUCCCUUUCACAGUUUGGACCACCUGGUUGAGGUGAAUCCACAGAUGGAGGGUGGUAAAGGGGGAGGGGUGACACAGAGGAGUCCCCACCUGGUGAGGAGUGUGAGGUGUUAAUCUACUGGUAGUGCGUGUGUGUGUGUGUGUUUGGGGUUAACCUCAUAUUGUUUUCUGAUCAGCUGCCAGUGUCUCAGGUGGCAGUGUUGGGGUCUCCUAACAGGGUAUAAAUACCAGAGGGAGGAAGAGAGGGACAGACAGAAAGAGAUCCUUCCCAUGGAGUAACAAUCCAUAGUUGGAGACACACCAAGCCAAGAAUCAGCCCAAGGCCCAGAGAUAGACAUAAACAUACACACACACUGUGCAGGCAGUGACUCCAAUUCCCCCCUGUGCCCCCAUGCGGAGAGGAGCCCCAAGGGAACCGACGCCAGCUGAGACUGAAAAACAAGGUAAGAGCCCAGCUCUCUCUCUCUCUCACACACACACACACACACACACACACACACACACACACACACACACACACACACACACACACACACACACUCACACACAAACACACUCACACACAAACACACACACUGGGUGACUCAGCUGUUAGACUCUGAGGAAAGUUCAGUCUGAGCGAUACAGAGAGAGCUGAGAGUAAAGCAGACCUCCAAACUACCCAGGGAACACACACACUGGGUAUAUACACACACAUUGAUGGAGAGAAGGAAAAUGCCACUAUGGGCACGCCAAUGGUGUGACAUGGUAAGAAUCGGAUAGUUGUUUAUUUUUUGGUUUAAUUGAUGUAUUGAUAGUGGAGCUACUUGAAUGUAUAUGAAUGGACAUGGGUUGAAAUACCAUUGCAAAUGUACAUUGAUAGUCACAUGGUAUUAUUGUAUAAGGGAGCUACAAAGUAGUUGACUAUGAGAAUGUGGACGUUGUUGAAGUCUUAGCCCUUCAAAAUAACUACUUCAGGGUCCACUUGGAGCAGUUUCCUCUCAAUUCGAGUGGCAUAUAAAGAAUAUAGGCCUAUCCCUGUAUAAUUAUUUUUCUGAAAUGAAAAAUUCUUUAUUUUCCUGGGUGCUCUUAAUGCCAGUCAGAGCCUCCUGGGGCUCCAAUUCUGUCUCCAGCCUAGAAAAUGACGAAUAGAAGUGAUUGACAGCCCUCCAGGGAUAGGUGUGUCCAUUUAGCAAUUUUACUGUGUCCAAGGCAAGAAUUGCCACAGCAGUUCCCUGAGCACCAGGAUUGCGGGAAGAUAGAAAUAAAGUUUGUUUGGUAGUGGAUCGAUCCCUGAAUGUCUCAUGCAUUUUACAGAAGAUCUAAAUGCCACUUAUGGUAUAAUACAGAACUGGGUCAGAUCUCAGAUGUCCACCCUGUUCACGGGAUUCCAGAGGACCUUGUACAAAGAUUCCACCAGAUUUAAAUUAAACUGGUAGGACUAGGACUGUUCAUCUAACUUCUCCCCUAUCGCUUCUUCUCCCAUCUCUCCUCUCCUCUCCUCUCCUCUCCUCUCCUCUCCUCUCCUCUCCUCUCCUCUCCCUCUCCUCUCCUCUCCUCUCCUCUCCUCUCCUCUCCUCUCCUCUCCUCUCCUCUCCUCUCCUCUCCUCUCCUCUCCUCUCCUCUCCUCUCCUCCUCCAGAGCCCUUGCUGACACUAUGGAGGAGGGGACCCUGGAGAAAAAUGCUCCCCGGUGCUCCAUGCCGGCCGAGCUCCAUCACCCCUACUCCAAGUUCUCAGACUGGAAGUUCAAGCUGUUCCGGGUCAGGUCCAUGGAGAGGGCCCCGCUGCCCGGGGAGACGCAGCCCGAGAGAGGGGCCUUGUCUGGGGUUGUGGCCUCUGCACCCCUGGGGGAGACGGUGGGGGAUGUGGUGGGUCUCCCAGGGAGUGUGAUGAAGCUGUGCCUGGGGGGUAAGAGCAAGGAGAACGUGGAGGGGCCGGGAAAGAGAGUGGACCUGAAACUCCAGGAGAUGGACACACACAUGAACCACCUCAGGUCAGUCGAGGAAGUGGAGUGGUUUUUAAUCAGUAACAAGCUCUGAAAUGUACUUUCACUCUGUUUAAAACAUACUGGAAGAUCAGAGAGACAAACUUUUGGUCUAUGUAAUAUCCUAACGUUCCUGUGUGUGUGCAGGUGUCUGUGUCGUCUCUGUGGCGGGGCCCUGAGGAAAGCCAAAGGUCCAGAGCAUGAGGUCCAAGGGCUUCUGGACGAGGCAAGCAGGAGUGCCCUGCGCAGGAUGGGCUGCAAGGCCACCAGCUGGCCAGAGGUCAUCCUCAAGGUCUUCAAAGUGGACGUGACGGGGGACAUGGAGGUCGUCCACCCGUCGUUCUUCUGCCAGCGCUGCUGGACAUUGGCCAUGCGAGGAGGGGGCUUCUGCAGCUUCUCCAGGACCCAUGUCCCUGAGUGGAGACCCCACACCACCCUCUGCCUCCUCUGCCACCCCAAGAAACCCUCACUACAGAGGAGAGGGAGGAAGAGGAGGAAACCCACUCGUGGAGCCCAACGCAUGGCCAAGAGGACCAAGUGGGACCUCCAGGAUAACGCUGCUACUAUUGGUGAGAAGAGAGCCUGGAGAACAGUGACAGAUCCUCACCAGGGACCUGGACUUAGACCCUGGGUGAGAUCCAGCGUCCAGAGAGCUCAGUGGGUGAAGAGCAUCACCCUCUGCCAGAAAGAGCACCUUAGUGUCAGACUGCUGUCCGAGGACCUCCCUGUGGACUUCCUGAGCUCAGUCACUUGUCAGGUGUGUGACCACCUGCUGUCUGAGCCCGUCCAGUCCCCCUGCAGACACCUCUUCUGCCGCAGCUGCAUCGCUAAAUACAUCUGCUCUCUGGGUCCCCACUGCCCGGCUUGCACCCUGCCCUGCCGCCCUGCCGACCUUACUGCCCCAGCUAAGGGCUUCCUGGGGGUCCUGCACUCCCUGCCGCUGCUCUGCCCCAGAGAGAGCUGUGGGGAGCAGGUACGGCUGGACUCCUUCAGAACCCACUGCUUGGGUCACCAGCUAGAGGAAGAUAAUGGGGAACAGAGGUCACCAGAGAAGAGCCUGGACAACUUCCUGCCUGUCAACAAAGGGGGGAGGCCCCGACAGCAUCUCUUGUCACUGACGAGGCGUGCCCAGAAGCACCGGCUGAGGGACCUGAAGACCCAGGUGAAGGUGUUUGCAGAGAAGGAAGAAGGUGGAGACACCAAGUCGGUGUGCCUGACCCUGUUCCUGCUAGCUCUGAGGGCAGGAAAUGAACACCGGCAGGCAGACGAACUGGAGGCCAUGAUGCAAGGUAGGAGUCUGGACAUUCAGGAGCUCACACAUAGAACAAACAUGAUCUAACGUAAUCACAGGCCUUGAGCCACUUAUUGUUGAGAUUCGAGUAUUGUAUAUGUUCAAAGAUGCAGUUCACAUAAACAUUGACAACUACCCACUGUGUGGGAUAUUUGUAAAUGGGAAAUCUUGUUACACACUCUGUCCUCUCGUUCCUCUCCCUCGCUCUCCCUCUCACACCCCUUUUCUCUCUCUCUCUCUCUGUCGGUCUCUCUCUUUCUCUCACCCCUCCUCUCUGUCUCAACCCCCCUCCCCUCUCACCCCCUCUCUCUUUCUCUCCCCCCUCUCUCUUUCUCUCCCCUUUUCACACUCUCUCUAAUGCACAAUAACAACUCUUGUCAACAACAUCAGCACCACUUGUAUCUGCAAAUUAUACAGGCAGCACCGUACUCCACUCUGGGGAAUAGCGGCCAGCUGGUGUCUGUUUUCAUCUGCAGCCAAUACAUCAGUUUAUGGCAGCUUCACUGAUUCACCCUGCUGUCCUCUGCAUAACAUUCAUAAUGACAGCAAAUGCAGGGGUGCAAUUAAGAGAUAUUCCAUACUGAAAUUAUCAUCAGAGUGCUAGAAUUAACUAGUGACUGAGGUCGAUGACACCUCUCUCAUUCAUAAACAAGUCUUGGUACUCAUAAUACAUAAUAUCUGCCUUUAUUUCUCUCCAUCUCUCUCUCUGGCUCCAGGCAGGGGCUUUGGCCUGCAUCCUGCUGUGUGUCUGGCCAUCCGGGUCAACACGUUCCUGAGCUGCAGCCAGUACCACAAGAUGUACCGCACCGUCAAAGCCACCAGUGGGCGCCAGAUCUUCCAGCCCUUGCACACCUUACGUGCUGCAGAGAAGGAGCUCCUCCCAGGCUACCACCCCUUCGAGUGGCAGCCGGCCCUCAAGAGUGUGUCCACAUCCUGCCAUGUGGGGAUCAUUGACGGGCUAUCAGGGUGGGUCGCUUCGGUGGAUGACUCCCCAGCAGACACAGUCACGCGUCGGUUCCGCUACGACGUAGCCCUGGUGUCGGCCUUGAAGGACCUGGAGGAAGACAUCAUGGAGGGGCUGAGAGAGCGAGGCCUGGAGGACAGCGCUUGCACCUCGGGCUUCAGCGUCAUGAUCAAGGAGUCCUGCGAUGGCAUGGGGGACGUCAGUGAGAAGCAUGGUGGAGGGCCGGCCAUCCCGGAAAAGGCUGUGCGUUUCUCCUUCACCAUCAUGUCCAUCUCUAUUCAAGCUGAGGGAGAAGAUGAGGCGAUCACCAUUUUCCGGGAGCCCAAGCCCAACUCAGAGAUGUCCUGCAAGCCGCUCUGCCUGAUGUUUGUGGAUGAGUCGGACCACGAGACGCUCACAGGCGUCCUGGGGCCUGUGGUGGCCGAAAGGAACGCUAUGAAGCACAGCCGUCUCAUCCUGUUUGUGGGCGGCCUUUCUCGCUCCUUCCGCUUCCACUUCCGGGGCACGGGCUACGACGAGAAGAUGGUGCGAGAGAUGGAGGGUUUGGAGGCCUCUGGCUCCACCUACAUCUGCACGCUGUGCGACUCUACUCGGGCAGAGGCCUCCCACAACAUGACUCUCCACUCUGUCACCCGCAGCCACGAUGAGAACCUGGAGCGUUACGAACUUUGGAGGACCAACCCUUAUUCUGAAUCAGCUGAGGAGCUGCGAGACCGAGUCAAAGGCGUCUCUGCCAAGCCCUUCAUGGAGACCCAGCCCACACUGGACGCCCUGCACUGUGAUAUCGGCAACGCCACCGAGUUCUACAAGAUUUUCCAGGAUGAGAUAGGGGAGGUCUAUCACAAGGCCAACCCCAGCCGGGAGCAGCGUCGGAGCUGGCGAGCAGCCCUGGACAAACAGCUGAGGAAGAAGAUGAAGCUGAAGCCUGUGAUGAGAAUGAAUGGGAACUAUGCACGGAAGCUGAUGACCCGGGAGGCAGUGGAGGCAGUGUGUGAGCUGGUGCACUCAGAGGAGCGUCAGGAAGCCCUGAGGGAGCUGAUGGGGCUCUACCUCCAGAUGAAGCCUGUGUGGCGCUCCACCUGCCCGGCCAAGGAGUGCCCAGACCAGCUCUGCCGGUAUAGCUACAACUCCCAGCGCUUCGCAGAGCUGCUCUCCACCGUCUUCAAGUACAGGUAUGACGGCAAGAUCACCAACUACCUGCACAAGACCUUGGCCCACGUGCCAGAGAUCGUGGAGAGGGAUGGCUCCAUCGGGGCCUGGGCCAGCGAGGGGAAUGAGUCUGGGAACAAGCUGUUCAGACGGUUCAGGAAGAUGAAUGCCCGCCAGUCCAAGACCUUUGAGCUGGAGGAUGUGCUGAAGCACCACUGGCUCUACACAUCCAAGUACCUGCAGAAGUUCAUGGAAGCUCACAAGAACUCUGCCAAAGCCCUGCAGGCCACCAUUGACACUAUGGAGAGUCAGGAGACACAGGAGGAUGCUGACAUGUCACUGGAUGUCCCAGACUUUUGAAAAUAUUGUUUUAAUUUGACAUUUCUUUGGAACUUUAUGGAUUACAGGAAUGAUAUGUUUUAGCUGGAGCAUGUCUAAUUAUAAUCUGUCUGUACUGUACUGUUCUGCAGGGGCGGACCAAAAAUCGGUCCUGGCAUUUCUAACAUAUUGGCGCAGUUUUGUCCUUGAGGCCCCCACACCGGCACAUUUUUUUCCUCUAGUCCCCCACACUGACAAUUUUUUUCCCUUGAGGCCCCCAUUAUUAGCCAGAUAAUUAUCAUUUUGUGCAAAAAAAUCAAGUUAGACAUGCCCACUAGGCUAAAAAUGGACCAGCUCAUGUAGCAUUUGCCCGAAAAGCCAGAUGGCCAGUGUGACCCUGCUGUUCUGUUUCAAAUGUAAUAUUUACUCUACAAUAUGAACUAUGUAUUAGUAGUGAUGUAAGAGUAAGAUACUUUAUUCUGUAAAGACAUUAUUAUUAUUUGUUAUAAUCCAAAAAAGGUGGCACUUAUUUCUUUAAUUCAUUAUUUACUUUGAGGACAUUUGAAAAUGCUUUCUACCUUAAAUUUAAUUUCCGUACAUAAUUCCCAAAAUCCCUUUAAUUUUAUAUUAAUAUUUUAUAUUAGUUCAUUAGUUCAUAAUGAUUUGAUGAUUUGAUAGUUGGUGUUUUAUCUCUGGGUGCCUGUGAAAUAUGGGACAGUUUAUUGUAUUGCAUGGGUUAUGACACAUCCAUGAAUUUAUCCAGUGAUGUUAUUUAUGGGAGAAAAUGAAAGCACUGUAAGUCAUGGAGGGGAAAUUGUGUUAAAGGAGCUCACAUUUAUGAUCAGUGUAUUAGUUUAUCUCCAGUGCUGGAACAAAAUGGAAUCAUAGAGACUCAAAUUGUCCUUGUUUCAGGGCUGCCUUCUAAAAAAUAUUGCUUUAGAGCAUUAUAUUCGGGUCCCCGAAGUCCAAAAUGGGGGCCUGGGUGACUUUGAAACCAUCUUUAUCUGUUUUAGCGUUUGCACAGUGAAGGAGAAAUAAUACCAUUCUACCUCUUCUCAUAAAAUAAAAUAUAAACUGACCUUUUUGUUGAUCGCAUGAAAAUGCAGUAGGGUCCAUUACUAGGCCUAACACCUUUAUGCUUGCCUCAAGAAGUAUUUAGAUUCUCUUUAUUGAAUCCUCACACGCCCUGGCUCUAUGUCUCUUCUGGGGCGCAGAACAGCCAUCUGCUUUAAGAGGAAACUAAGGGAAGCAAGUGAGCCUUGAGGGGAACUGAAUUGAUUUGAUCGUUUAUUUGUUUGAUUGAUUGGUGUUAUUGUUUAUCUCUGCCGUCACCGUUGUGACAGGCAAUUUUUUAUAUUUGACACAUUACAUGUUCUUGUUCUAUUUUACUGUCAUGACUUUAACCUGAUGAUGUACAUAUUUUCAUAAUGUCUAAUAUUUUGUUUAAACAGCAGUUACAGUCACAGAAUAACAUCACGUUUUACAUGACGGUAUGUUAAAUAUUAUUAUUAAAUUGCAUUUGCUACAUGAAGGAUGAUGGAUAUGGUUUGUGUGAAUCUCAUAUCAGCAGUGUAUUCAAUCUGCUGGUUUGUCAUGUUUCAAGCGUACAUUUAAACUCAGGAAAAUAACAACUGUUGCCAAAAACACUCACUCAUUUUUUUGUAUGCCUGUUGCACAUUUGUUCACUGUUCAUUUGUUUAAUGUGUUUGUGUUUGUUCAUUUGAUUUGGUGGUUUUAUUGGCCUUUUUUAUAGUUUGAUGAUUACUGAAUGAAUUGUUCAUACCUCUCUACAAUACUGUUAAUGUACUGAAAAUGUAGCAAAGAAUUUAUCACACUAUUAAACUUUCCUGUAUUCCAAAUA